UCAAGGUUCCUCUGCUACGUUGUCUCGUGUCUUGGCGGAAUUCUGGGUCUUCUAGAAGUCUGUGAAGAAGGAAUAGGGUGUCUUGGGUGGCAGAAGCAAGUCGAACCCAGACUUGUUUCAUCAUGCCGCCUACCAAGGGAGCAACCACCACCAUGGUGUUCCCUACCCACAAUCCCUUGCUGACAACAGGGAGCACAGGGUUGAUGUCAUCAUCAUCUGUCAAUCAAAACACAAACAUGGAGUCCCUCACAAAGGUCAAUCCACUUCUUGGCCAAUCAACGAAGUAUCCAAAUCCUCUUUUGGGAUCUGGCUUUGCAUUGGCUCAAAGCAAGCCCAAAUCAUCACCACAGCUACAAAAUGAUCUCACCACCAAUAAGCUCUUGCUUGGCUCCAGCAAAACUCAUACAAAGAAGUCCAAACCUGUCAGAAUGGAGAGCAAUGUAGAGUUAUCUGGCAAGGAAAAAAUCAUGCUAAUUAAGACCCCAUCACUGCAAAAUCCUGCGCUAGUCCAAAGCAAACCUCUGAUUGGAACGACAGUCAACAAUCUUCUGACUUCAGGUCUGAAACAUGGUUUCCAGACAUCCCACAAUCCCCUGCUGCACACUGGGAAGCUUUUGCAGGUAUCCCAGAGUUCCUCAGUCCACAACCAUCAGGUUCUCUCCCAGGGUUCUUUGCAGCUGUCGACCAAGUCAACGAUUCUCCCCCAGCCAAAGGAAUCGCUGAUUAAGAUACAAGCUGAUCAAAGGCAACCAUUAUCUGGGCAUCUACAGAUGAGAGAACACAAAAAAGUUGAAAAAUCAACAAAAAAGGAAGCAGCCAUUGCUGAUAAAGGCAAACCAUUGAAGAAAAAGCACAGGACGGCAAAGAAAUACAAACACGACCCAGACGUCAAGGUGACCCAUGGAGAAAGGAAGGUCAUGCUUGAGGCAGAGGCGAUGAAACCAGAGUAUGACAUCAGGCUUGACAUUGCCACGGAGACGAUAGAACAGCCAGCCUUCCUGCCACCUGAGCUGGACUCAUCCAUCUGUCAACAGAUGCCAACCACAAACUUGCCUGCGCUAAAGCAAACCCUGAUCAAUGCGGUGAGCGGAUCACUGAUCCAGUCCCCAAACCUGCGUGACGAGCACGACAGCACCCGGGGGAGACUGUCCACGCUGGCCGAGCAGCUGCUGAACUUUGACCCUGAGUUUGUCUUAAAGCUUGCCCUGUACACCCGUCAGGAGUUGAACAUCCGAGUCACGGCAAACUUCCUCCUGGCGCUGUCCGCGAACAUUCCCGCCUGUCGGCCAUUCCUCAAGAAGUACUUCAGCACCUCGGUCAGGCUGCCGUCUGAUUGGAUAGAGGUGGCCGAGAUAUACCAGACGUUCCACGACAGGUCGUUGAACUUCGGCUCUUUACCCGUGGCUUUACGGAAGGUCAUGGCUGCCAAGUUUCCUGACUUCGACCAACAUCAGCUGGCCAAGUACAACAAGGACAAGAAAACUCAGAAAAAGAAGGAUGAUAAGAAAGAAGACAAGGAACAGCCCAAGGUUGCCCAACAGAUAUCCAUGGAGAGUGAAGGAGGUGAAAACGAGGAGGAAUUGGUCAGGCUGACAUUCACACUCAAGCAGCUGAUUCGUAAACUGCACAUUACGCAGCCAGUGGAACAUGUCAUGGCUCUCAUUGGGAAGAAAUAUCCAGAGGACCUUGAGAGUUUCUACCAGAGCCGACUGCCAGGCACGUGGGACCCUGACCAAGCUGGCAAACGUAUGAAACUCCCCACACCGGAGACAUGGGAGACACAGGUGUCACUCAGGGGAAACAAGGCAGAGGUCUGGGAAGAGCUGAUUGAUCACAAGAAGUUACCGUUCAUGGCGAUGUUGCGUAACCUGCGGAACAUGCUGACUGCCGGGAUCAGCUCCAAACACCACGGCUGGGUCCUCCGCAAGCUGACGGACGAGGGCGCGGUCAUCAACAGCCGCCAGUUCCCAUUCCGAUUCUUCUCCGCGUACGAAGUCCUGAACCAGCUAGAGAAAGAUCUCACAGCAGCAGAGUGGGCGGGGACGUGGAAGAGGGCGUGGCGGAGGGCGUGGUGGUGGGCGUGGCAGGGGUAG